AACCAAAUAUGGGUGUUAUUGGAGUGAGUAAAGGUGGUGACUUGGCUCUGUCUAUGUCCACGUUCAUCCCAGAAGUUACAGCUGGGGUUUGCAUCAACGGCAGCAUCAGCAACAUCCAGUCUAGACUUAAUUUAUAUGACAGGUCAAUACCAGGAUUAGAUUUUGAUCUUGGAAAAAUAGAGAUAGUUGAUGGUGCCAUGGACUGCUAUGAAUCUGUGGAUGACCCGAAGGAAUACCCUGAGACAAUCAUUCCCAUUGAAAGGGCAGUUGCCAAUUUACUCUUCCUGGUUUCAUGUGACGACACAAAACUGGAAAUCCAAAAUGUUUGCAGACCUCGCCGUGGAGCGCCUCAGACUGGCUGGCAAAACAAACUAUACAGUGAGUGGAUUAAAGUAUUGGAAAUGCACUAAAAAUGUUUCUUGAGUAUGAAAAAUCAAGAGAGUGGUGGUAGAAGCAAGGGGAGCAGCAUGGCAGAAGAGGGAUAGAGAUACUAGUAUUGCAGGAACAGUGAGUGCAUUUUGACAGGUGCAGGACAGGGAGGAGAUGCCAGUUGAGUAGAGUUGACAAUUUUUGCAUCGUCAGGGAAUAAGUUUACAUAUCUGUUCAGUCUUUCCAGCAUGUAAUUUAGAUAAAUUUAAAAUAUAAUUGGGAAAAUUUUGAACCCUUCAAACACUCUACUUAACAUUGCUUUCCAUGUGGAAAACCUGUCUCUUGUACUGGUUCUCAUUUACCUUCCCACCAAAUACUUUUCUUUGCACUCCAGUUGCUUCACAUGCAUCAAAAAACAUAUUCAUCUUCAGAAUAGUCUAACUGAAAGCUUGUAUCAAUCCUGGGUUAAUGCAAUCUGCCAAACAUUCUUUUAUGAAUAUUACUCACUACCCUGAUAAAAAAAAAAAAUAAAUAAAAUGAAAUAAAAAAUAAAAUAAAAUAAAUGAAUAAAUAAAUAAAUACAAAUAAAAAAAAAAGAAUUUUCAUUGUUUAUGCUGUAGGUCAAGUAUCCUGGUGCUGGCCAGGAGCCUCCGUACUCCACUUUCUGCUGGGCUUCCUACCACAAAAUGAUCAGAGGAGGCAUACUAUGGGGAGGCUCCUUGAGGCCUCAUGCAGACGCCCAGGUGCACACAUGGGACGCAUUAUUGACUUUCUUUGGCAAGCAUCUCAGGAAUCAAACUAGCCUUAAGGGAAAGCUUUAGGUCUUAUAAUGCAAUUGCUCAACAAGAAAAGUAUUAACACCUAAAGGGCGGGUGGCGUUUAUAGUUGAACCUGUGAACAUCCUUCCCUUCCCUCACAAUGAUGUCUCUCAAUGAUGAACCUGUGAAUGUCUCACAAUGAUGAACCUGUGUCCUGCAAACCAUAGUGAUGGCUACAGGGGAAAAUAAUCAGUUACUGUAUGUAAAGUGUAUGUGGCUCACAUCAUUAUUCCUCGGUAAUCAUUAGUGAAAAGUUCAAAAGUUUUUUUUACUUGCAUGAAGACACAUGUAAUGAGCGUAAGUAUCAGUAAUCAAUGCUAUAUGAAGCACCAAAGUCGAUGCUCACUUGUUAAUAGAGUGUGGUUAACCCACUGGUCGCCUGUGGGCGUCACUCACGGCCAAAUCGCGCUCAGACAGACAGGCAGGAAGGUGACCAAGGUAAAUACUUUAAUUAUAUAGUAAAAACUGAUUGUCAAAGUGCCAAGUUGAUUGCAUGUAUUGUUAAUGAAAACUGUAAUAUGAUGAGUGUUUAAUAUCAGUGUAUAAUGUUAUUUUAUAAGAAAUUGAGACCGAUAAUUUGUUCGCAGUUCUUAUGGUGAUGCUUACUUCAUCAGUAAAUGUCAGAGAGAGAGAGAGAACUGCCUUAGGCCGGUGUCACACUAUGUGGCGUCGCCGCUGCGGCAGAACCGUAUGCGUCACCGCCGCAUUGCCUGCAUCCUGUCACACAUAAGCGGCGAAGUCGCUCAGUCUAUCCCCAGCAGCCAGCGUAGAUAGGUUGACUAUCAUGUUUUUACUAGGACUAUAUUGUGUUUAUGGAUUGUGAUUAUUCAGGUAUUAGCAUUUCAGUAUUAAAGAUGAAAAGUUAAUAAUAGGAAUCAUGGGAAGCCUGUCUUAAAUAAUGUUUGUAUUAUUAUUAUAAUGUGUAUUACACAUACGUACAUAAUAAAUUUUGUUACUUUUUAUAGGAAAUAACAAACAUAUUUUAUCUUACCUUUCUCGUUUCUUUCUGCCGAUUCCAUAUGUGGCCACUUCUCGUACAUUAUAUCGCCUAUUUCAAUCCAUGCUUUCUCUCUAAAAUUCUUAUCACAAUAUUCUUUAUUAAUCUUUUCCCAAAGUGCUGGCCUUGCAUGAAUACACUGAAUGAAUAAAUCAGUGUCAAACAUCUUGUAACAAGGGAGCGCCGGAUGCGGCGUGGCCGUCUGGUGUGACCACGUGCAUAGAACUGCGUUUUUUCCCACGACACUCGGUCGGAUGCGGCUGUGCGGCAGUCCGGCGCUGGCGCAGCAUGCUGCGGCACAGUGCGGCGGAAACGGCAGCGCCGCACUGGUGUGACACCUCUCAUUGGUUUGUGUGUGAUAUCACCAUGUGUGGCGCCGCAUACAGUUCUGCCGCAGCGGCGACGCCGCAGUGUGACACCGGCCUUACCUCGACCCUACGAUGAUAGGUGUGAUCAGUAAAACAGAUCACCUGAGAGCUAAUGAAGACCUGCCAGUGCGGCUACAUAACCAUUCCUCUUCCUCUGAUUCCUUGGACAAGGAUAAACAGCCAGUGACUCCACCCCACAUGAGGGCAAAUUUGCUCCAAAAAUAACCUCGUAGUGAAAAUACUAUUGGGAGAGAGAAGUUACUCUUUCAAGCAGUGUUGCCAGACUGAAUUAUGCAUAAUCUGACCAAAUCUGACAAAAUAUCUGUAGAAAUCUGUAACCCAUAAGGAAAAUUUCUGAGGAAAUAUAUGUUGUUAAUAAUGAAAUUUUAUUAGCCCUAUGGUAACUCCACAUAAACAGAACAAAGGGUAUUUAGUUAAUUUUAACUCAAAACAAGCAUUUAGGAAGUGUAGCCCAUAAAGGCGACGUCACACGGGAGAUUUUAGAAAUGGAAGCUAAAUCUCAAAAACUUGCGAUAUUUGUG